CUGCCGCCGCCCGCCUUUUCCGUCGCGGUGCUGCCGGAAGUGGCGUCACUUCCGGCCGCCGCCUGCCGGCAGCGGAGCGGAGCCGCCAUGUCCACAUCGCUGGGCUCCAACACCUACAACCGGCAGAACUGGGAGGAUGCGGACUUCCCGAUCCUGUGCCAGACGUGUCUCGGAGAAAAUCCCUACAUUCGGAUGACCAAAGAAAAAUAUGGAAAAGAAUGCAAGAUUUGUGCCAGGCCCUUCACGGUGUUCCGCUGGUGCCCCGGCGUGCGGAUGCGCUUCAAGAAGACAGAGGUGUGCCAGACCUGCAGCAAGCUGAAGAAUGUCUGUCAGACCUGCCUGCUCGACCUGGAAUAUGGUUUGCCUAUCCAAGUCCGGGAUGCAGGACUCUCCCUUAAGGAUGAAAUGCCUAAAUCUGAUGUCAACAAAGAAUACUACACCCAGAACAUGGAGCGAGAGAUAGCCAAUUCUGAUGGCACCAGACCAGUUGGUGCACUAGGAAAAGCAACUUCUACCAGUGACAUGCUGCUGAAGCUGGCCCGAACCACUCCAUACUACAAACGCAACCGUCCUCACAUCUGUUCCUUCUGGGUGAAAGGAGAGUGCAAGAGAGGAGAGGAGUGUCCCUACAGACAUGAGAAACCUACAGAUCCAGAUGAUCCUCUGGCUGACCAGAACAUCAAAGAUCGUUACUAUGGAAUUAAUGAUCCCGUGGCUGACAAGCUUCUGAAACGAGCAUCAACCAUGCCUCGUCUAGAUCCUCCUGAAGACAAGACUAUUACUACGCUGUAUGUUGGAGGGCUUGGAGAUACCAUCACUGAAUCAGAUCUCAGAAAUCACUUCUACCAGUUUGGGGAGAUCCGGACGAUAACGGUGGUGCAGAGGCAGCAAUGUGCUUUCAUCCAGUUUGCCACCAGACAGGCUGCAGAGGUGGCUGCUGAGAAAUCCUUCAACAAACUCAUUGUCAACGGCCGCAGGCUCAACGUCAAAUGGGGAAGGUCCCAGGCAGCAAGAGGAAAGGAAAAGGACAAGGAAGGCACUACAGAAUCGGGGAUAAAGCUGGAGCCAGUUCCAGGACUUCCUGGGGCCCUCCCUCCUCCUCCAGCUGCAGAAGAGGAGGCUUCUGCAAAUUACUUCAAUCUACCUCCAAGUGGCCCUUCAGCCGUGGUGAACAUUGCCCUGCCACCUCCUCCUGGCAUCGCUCCGCCGCCGCCUCCAGGUUUCGGACCACACAUGUUCCACGCCAUGGGACCCCCACCUCCCUUCAUGAGAGCCCCAGGCCCCAUCCACUACCCAUCCCAGGAUCCCCAGAGGAUGGGUGCCCACGCAGGGAAGCACAGCAGCCCCUAGCACGUCCUGCCACCCUCAUUCUUGAAGUAAAUGUUAUUUUCUAGUUACCAUGGUAGCACCAUAUGUUGAGCUGUGGGUGAGCUAGAGAUGCCUUAUUUCCCUGCUUGCAGCCACAGGGCAAGCUCAGCUCCGUGUCUCCACUUAUAAUCGGGUUCUUGAUACGUCCCAGGUCUUUCUAUUAGUGUGGGGGGUGGGGGACAGACAGAAGGGCUGUCAGGGGUCUGUGGGUCUGGGGUACCAGGAUUACAGUGCUGUCUGUGUAUCCCAUUGGCACACUUUUGAAAUAAACUUCUGGAAAAACAAAACCAAA